AUGGCCCGUCGUCCCGCGAGAUGCUACCGCUACUGCAAGAACAAGCCCUACCCUAAGUCCCGGUUCAACCGUGGUGUUCCCGACCCCAAGAUCCGUAUCUUCGAUCUGGGACGUAAGAAGGCCAACGUCGAUGACUUCCCUCUGUGCGUGCACAUGGUCUCCAACGAGUAUGAGCAGCUGUCCUCCGAGGCCCUCGAAGCCGCCCGUAUCUGUGCCAACAAGUACCUCGUCAAGAUCACCGGUAAGGAAGGUUUCCACAUGCGUGUGCGUGUGCACCCCUUCCACGUCAUCCGUAUCAACAAGAUGUUGUCCUGCGCCGGAGCCGAUCGUCUCCAGACUGGUAUGCGUGGUGCCUUCGGUAAGCCCCAGGGUACCGUUGCCCGUGUGAACAUCGGCCAGAUCAUCCUGUCCGUCCGCACCCGUGACUCCAACCGCGCCGCCGCCAUCGAGGCUCUGCGCCGUGCCAUGUACAAGUUCCCCGGUCGCCAAAAGAUCAUCGUCUCCAAGAACUGGGGCUUCACCCCCGUCCGCCGUGAGGACUACAUCCAGCUCCGCAACGAGGGCAAGCUCAAGCAGGACGGUGCCUACGUCCAGUUCCUGCGUGGCCACGGUCUGAUCGAGGAGAACAUGAAGCGCUUCCCUAGCGCCUACGAGAACCUGUCUCAGGCUUAG